GAGAGAGAAGCGGAAAUUUGUUUGAAUGGAAAGAGAGAGAAAGAGAGAGAAAGAAAGCUUCGUGCCUUUAUAAAUCUUCAAAUAAUGGAGCUCAGUUCUAUGGCUUCUGGAAUUCCCGCCAAAUCCAACUGAAUCGGAGUAGCUUCAUAGAGGAAGAUUCUCCAAUCGAACAUGAAACGAUGGCAAAAUUGCUCUCUCUUCUUCUUUUUUCUGCUUCAUCAAUUCUAAUCAAUACAGAUCAUGAUCUUCGGCAGUAGCCAACCAUGCCAUUUCUCUCGCCAAACUCGCUCGCUUCACUCGUCGAAUUGGCCGUAUCGGCUCGUUCUUCGCUUCUCGGCCGAGCAGCCCACGCCCAGAUUCUCAAAACCUUGCAAACCCCUCUUCCUUCCUUCCUCUACAACCACCUUGUGAAUAUGUACGCCAAACUCGAUCAUCCYGACUCAGCCGAACUCGUCCUCGGACUCGCCCCUUGCCGGUCCGUCGUCACUUGGACCGCCCUCAUCGCCGGCUCCGUCCAAAACGGCCAUUUUUCUUCUGCUCUACUUUACUUCUCCCACAUGCUAAGCGACUGUGUUCGCCCCAAUGAUUUCACCUUCCCUUGCGCUCUCAAAGCUUCCACUUCCCUUCGCAUGGCCAUGUCGGGCAAACAGAUACACGCACUUGCGGUUAAGGAGGGACUAAUAAACGAUGUCUUCGUUGGGUGCAGCACCUUCGACAUGUACAGUAAACUGGGUCUUCUCGAGGACGCAUCCAAGGUGUUUGUUGAAAUGCCUCACCGAAACCUCGAAACGUGGAAUGCGUAUAUAUCCAAUUCCGUGCACCAUGGGCGGCCUGAAGAUUCCGUCAUUGCAUUUCUUGAGCUACUUCGUGCUGGUGGGAGCCCUGAUUCCAUAACAUUCUGUGCUUUUCUCAAUGCUUGUUCAGACAAACUGGGCUUGGAGCCUGGAUGUCAGCUACAUGGAUUCAUAAUUCGAAGUGGUUUUGAGCAGAAUGUCUCUGUUUCAAAUGGGUUGAUUGAUUUUUAUGGGAAAUGUGGGGAGGUCGAAUGUUCCGGGAUGGUUUUCGACAGAAUGGGAGAGCGGAAUGCCGUCUCGUGGUCCUCUCUGAUAGCUGCUUACAUUCAAAACAACGAGGAAGAGAAGGCUUGCUGCUUAUUCUUGCAAGCGAGGAAAGAAGACAUCAAACCAAUUGAUUUUAUGGUAUCGAGUGUGCUUUGUGCCUGUGCUGGCCUUUCAGGAAUCGAGUUGGGGAGGUCAGUUCAAGCGCUAGCGGUCAAGGCUUGUGUAGAGGAGAACAUCUUUGUUGGGAGUGCACUGGUUGACAUGUAUGGAAAAUGUGGAAGCAUUGAUGAAGCAGAGCGAGCCUUCAAGGAGAUGCCAGACAAAAAUUUGGUGUCUUGGAAUACACUGUUGGGCGGAUAUGCACACCAAGGACACGCAGACAAGGCCGUGGCAUUGCUCGAGGAGAUGACAUCGGCAGCAGGCAUGGCACCGAGUUACGUGAGUUUGGUCUGUGCAUUAUCAGCUUGCAGUAGAGCAGGAGAUUUGAAGAGGGGGAUGCAGAUUUUUGAGUCCAUGAAAGCAAGGUACAAUGUAGAGCCAGGGCCAGAGCAUUACGCUAGCUUGGUGGACUUGCUUGGGCGUGCUGGAAUGGUGGAGUGUGCGUAUGAUUUUAUAAAGAACAUGCCAUUCUCUCCAACAAUCUCAAUCUGGGGCGCUCUGUUAGGGGCUUGUCGAAUGCAUGGGAAGCCAGAGUUGGGAAAGUUAGCCGCUGAGAAGCUGUUUGAACUUGAUCCAAAAGACUCUGGAAACCACGUUGUGCUGUCCAAUAUGUUUGCUGCAACUGGCAGGUGGGAAGAAGUGACUGGUGUAAGAAAUGAGAUGAGAGAAGUCGGGAUAAAGAAGGGAGCUGGAUUCAGUUGGAUAACCGUAGACAGCAGAAUUCAUAUAUUCCAAGCCAAAGACAGAAGCCAUGAGAAGGACUCUGAAAUUCAGGACCUGCUGGGGAAGUUGAGGAAGGAGAUGCAGGAAGCUGCUGGAUACAUUGCCGRCACCUAUUAUUCUAUUUUUGAAGUGUAGAAUUAUUAAAUCAGAGAAAUAUCACCAAAGUUUGGCUGUCACCAUCACAGCAAUAUAUGCUCUUGAUGUUGGCCCCAUUGCCUACCAAUUAUUCUAGGUACUGAAAUUAUUUUUACUGAGCAAUAUCCAGAAUCAUCAAUGAUAUUUAUUUUUCUGGAGAUYAUUUGAAAAGUUUCCUUUAUUUCCUCUCUGUGUUUCUUUUCUUUCCAAAUUAUCUCAU